GCGAUACAUUUGCAUCGCCGGUCGUAGAAAACCCAAAAGCCAGUAGCAAAGACAGCAUCGUGUCGUGUCGUGUCGUGCCGCUUCACUUCGCAGCGUCAAAUUAUGAUACGGCUCUUCCAGCCGUUCAUGUGUUCGCUGACUCGCUGACGCGCUCUUCGUUUCAACCAAUAUUAUUUGCUGCUAGCUGGCCAGCAUUUUAUUCAUGUCUGGAACUGUUAAGCUCCGUAAAAGAUGCUGAUAUUAUUUACUGAUAAGAGAGAGAGAGCAAAGCUUAGUUUCCCAAACUUUUUGAAAAGUUACAAAUGAUACGGCGAAACAAACAAUAAAAUAAUUAAUAAAGAAAAUUGCGGUGCAAUUUGAAAGUGCAAAUAGCCGAUAAAUAUAAUUUCAAAUAAUUGGUAAACAAUACACUUACGCGCGUACAUAUGUAUAUACAUACUUAAAAAGUGCUUAAAGUCACAUUUUGGCGGUAUCUAUGCACAACGGCACUUUCACAGACCACAUCUACAUCGCCACAACAAACAUAGGUGCGCAGCCAAGUAGCUCAGUCGCUUGUGAGUCUUGUGCGUAGAAAAGUGAAACGAAUAUUUCAAUUCAAUUUAAUUAAAUUAUAAUUUGUAAUUUGAAAAGUGAAACGAUGUUUAUAUUGCCCAAUCAGUUAGUGAAUGAAAUAAUUAAAAUGUGUGAGGCAAAGUGUCAUGCGCGGAGCUAGAGAAGAAAUUACUCAUUUAUAAAUACUCAUAUACGCGUACGCACGCACAUACAUGUGUGUAAUUGCAAAUGUUUAUGUGCAAACUUCUUGCUAAAAACUAAAAAUGAAAAAUGUCCGUAUUAGCGGAAUCGAAAGCGAGUACAACAACUACAGCACCGAAACCCACUUUGCCGAAUCCAUCUUUGAGGAGAUUUAGUAGCAGUAAGAGCCCGUCUAUCGCCAGAGCAUUCAGUAGCCAAGCCAGUUGCUGUAGUUCGGAACAGAAUCUAGAUACAGACAGCGGUAAGAACGCAUGCAGCCCUGAUUAUAGCUUCGACAGCGGCAUAGGUGCGAGCUCUGAGGUAGACUUAAGAAGAUUGAUAAAACUUGUCAGCAAAACGGUGCGGAAAGAAGUUAAAAGUAGUGGAAGCGAUACUACUGGAACUGCUGCCCCCUGCUCUGGAAAUUCUUUUGAAGCCGUUGGUAUUGGCACAGGCAUCAGCUGCAACGCUGAGGAACAAAUGCGACAGAAAAUACGCUAUGAACGCCUACAGCAAUGGCGCCUUAUAUUAUAUUCGUUAGAUCGUCAAAAACAUCCAUACCGACUGUUGCGUGAGCGUCUCAGUAAAAUCUGUGAAGGACGUGUUUCCAAAAAGGAAUCCUCUAAUGAGGACAUUUGUAAUGUUUGCUCCUGCCAGAUUGAUCUCAACGAGUCUAAAAACUUUGUCACCUGUUAUAUAUGUAACAAAAGAGUAUGCCGAGCUACCAAAUGCUCGAAUUGGUUGCCGCGAUCUGAUCGUUGGGAAUGCCAAUUAUGUCAAAUAUCAAAGGACACGCUAACUCACACUCAAUCAUGGAUAGCAGAACAAAUGUCCUUCAAUCGCCAAAUAUUUCGAAAUACCAAUCCUAUGCGUGCGCGAAGUGAGAUUUUCAUUCCAAUUGGCGACUACAAUGAAAGCUCUAUGCAGUUUGAAAGCGUGAGUCAAGUGGGAUUAAGUUCAGCUGCCAUUACUUCGGAGCAAAAACUUAAAAUACGGGAGUAUGUUGAGGAAGUGGUUGAGAAAUUGCUGGGUGGCUCGCUAGAUCAAAUACGAGUCGGCCAACUGUCAAAGAGUGAGAACUAUCUACCUGGUAUAAUAAAUAGUCAUGCGGGCGCCCCUCAAGCUUUGGCUGGGCGUAAUAGUAACCAAUCAAAUGAAAAUGUAUCACCAGAAGUUCCGGAAAUCUCCCAAACACGUCUACGUCAAAUGAUUGAGCUAAUAAUUGCAGAAACUUUGCGCUCUCCAGAAAUAGCACUCAAUACGCAUGCCUCUAGUAAUGAGCUCUCGCAAACGGUGUCUAAGAGUAGUAGAAAUGGAGAUGUUCGCCAAAGCGGCACCACCGAGCGUUAUUUUGAACCACGGAUCUAUCAAGAGUUGCUUGCCACAGCAGUGCUGAAUAGGAUUGCGGAUAAAGAAGGCAACUUUCGGCAAUUUUCGGAAAGUACACCGGAUCUAAGUUUAUCAAACAUUAAUGGCAACAUUGAUGUGCAGGACCGGAGCAUUUCGUCCACUAGUUCGGCAGAGCCGAGAAGCGAUUUCAGUUACACAGAUACUGAACAAUCACCAAAAAUUAGCAAAGUUUCUGGCCGCGAGUCAAUCCUAAACGAAUACAUCGCCUCUCAUACAGUGCCGUUGCCUGAUUUUUCAACAGCUGUGACAGAGUCGGAGGAGGAUGAUCACGAUUCGAUAUCUUCAAGUGUUAUGGCCGAUGGUAAUUGGGAAGACAACUGGCUUUUUAAGAAAAAAAGUUCUUCCUUAACCACCUCCAUGACUGGCAGUGUGGGCAUGCUAGUUCCUGCACCAAAAGACGAUGUGCGUGCCCAAAUAGGGGAUAAGACUGCUGAUGAAAUUAGUGACCUCUCGGAAAUGGGUUCCGAUACAGAUGAUUCUUCAGCAAAACCCGAUGAAGAUUUAAAUCCGCUUAAUGAUCGUAUUUUGAAUAAGCAUCUAAUUGGUGGUCAAAAUACGGGUGUUAUCUUGGAUGAAUUGAUGGAAACAGCGAGCUUAAUUUCAACUACUUCUCAUUCACAAGAUGAGCCCAAGUUCACGGAAGCUACGAACGAGCGCAUUAUAAAUAUAGCACUUAAAUAUGAAUCCGUUGAUACAAAGGCAGACGCGAAGUAUAAUGAUCCGAAACCUGAGCCCGUAUGUGAUUCCUUAUCAGCUCCUAUGCAAUCUAAUGAUGAAAUUGAAGACGAAUCAGACUGUUUGGGUAUUAGUUCAGUGGAAAUGUUUGAGCUAAACCCUUCCGGUCACGAAACUAGAUCAAUUAGUCAGGGACCAUCAGUUAUUGAAAUUCUUGCUGCUGUAGCUUUGGGGCCAAUGUUGGCUGUGCCUGCCACAGCCACAGACCAGCGUUCUAUUUUGACGUCCGCUGAAUUGAAUUCACUUAGAGAAUUAAGUGAAUUAGCUUUGAUAGAAAUAAAGUCACGCACUUCGGACUUGGAGCACCGUUCGCUCGAUGUCAUUGACGAGGAAGAAGAAGCUAAAAUGGAAAAUUUGAUGGAAAUAAUUCAUAAUCCUGAAAACCAAUGUUUGCUGUCAGCAACCGACGAACUAGCGGAUAUCACAGAAUCAAUAAUUACAGCACAGACAGCAGAUGAUAUUCAAAAACAAGAAAACACAAAAAUAACCCAGCCUAGCAGAGACGAAAUUUCGUUAAGACAUCAGGGAAAAUCGCUGUCCUCUGAGAACGACCAACAGAAGGAAGAACAUGGUAUUGUAAAUAAAGCACAAGGGCGUCAUGAAAUACCACAAAUACCUGAAAACGUACAACAGAGACCAAACCCACUAGAAGAAGAAAAUCUCAAUAAGGCAGAGGCAAACAUAAAGCCAGCUCAGGAACUGACACAAAAGGAACAACCACCAAGUGCUGAGAAUCAUGAAAUUGGUCUCAGUCAGGCUGGUACAGAGACAUCUAACAACAAACCGCCGCUUUCCGAAAGCGAAAACUCUCCCAACAAGCCAAAAGAAGGAGCUGCCAUUGAAUCGAAAGAACCAGCAGAAGAUAAACCGGUUAUUGAGAUAAUAGCUUCGAAGUUGAAAGAAGAGUCUCUACAGAUUAAUGAAAAAGAGCUAACCGUUGAAACGAUACCACAGCCAACUACUGAAAAUGAGCAACAGAAAGCGAACAGAGAUGCAGACGAGGAACCUGCCAUUAGAUCGGAAUCCCAGCUAACACAGGAAACACUGCAAACAAAUGAAACAGAGCAACUGCCAUCCCCACAUUAUGGCAAAGAAAUAGAAAAGUCGGAGCUGUCCAAAAUUGAAAACUCCUGCAGCAAGGGAGAAAAAGGAGCAGCUAUUGAAUUAAAGGAUUCCGUUCAGCUCGCAGCUCAGGUUCAUCAGGAAAAUCUUUUAGUCUCCGAAAACGAGCAAGAAAAACAACUCAUUGAAACGAAACAAAAAUCGACCACAGAGCCACAAGUUGCUGUAGAAGAUGAGCAAGAGAAACAGGGUAGUGAAGCUGUAGUUGUCGUUAAGGCGGAAUCAGACUUGAGACCAGAGGCACUACCAACGCAUCAAACCAAGCUCUCUCUCAACCCUGCUGAAGUCAACGAAGUAGAAAGUAAUGAGACUUCGCUACCACUACCUGAGAAUACAGAACAGCUGUCGGAAGGUGAAAACUCCUGCAGCAAGGAACAAGAAAAGUCUGCUCUUGAAUUAGAGGAAUCCGUUCCGCUCCAAGCACAAGUUCACCAGGAAAAUCUAAUAGUCUCCGAAAUAGGGCAAGAAAAACAACAAAACGAAACGAACGAAGAGUCGACCACAGAGCCACAAGCUACUGUAGAAGAUGAUCAAGAGAAACAGGGUAGUGAAGCUGUAGUUGUCUUUAAGGCGGAUUCAGACUUGAGACCAGAGGCACUACAAACGAAUCAAACCGAGCUCUCUCCCAGCCCUGCUGAAGGCAACGAAGUAGAAAGUAAUGAGACUGCGCUACCACUACCUGAGAAUACAGAACAGCUGUCGGAAGGUGAAAACUCCUGCAGCAAGGAACAAGAAAAGUCUGCUCUUGAAUUAGAGGAAUCCGUUCCGCUCCCAGCACAAGUUCACCAGGAAAAUCUAAUAGUCUCCGAAAUAGGGCAAGAAAAACAACAAAACGAAACGAACGAAGAGUCGACCACAGAGCCACAAGCUACUGUAGAAGAUGAUCAAGAGAAACAGGUUAGUGAAGCUGUAGUUGUCGUUAAGGCGGAUUCAGACGUGAGACCAGAGGCACUACAAACGAAUCAAACCGGGCUCUCUCCCAGCCCUGCUGAAGGCAACGAAGUAGAUAGUAAUGAGACUGCGUCACCACUACCUGAGAAUACAGAACAGCUGCCGGAAGGUGAAAACUCCUGCAGUAAGGAACAAGAAGAGUCUGCUCUUGAAUUAGAGGAGUCCGUUCAGCUCACAGCACAAGUUCACCAGGAAAAUCUUAUAGUCUCCGAAAUAGAGCAAGAAAAACAACAAAAUGAAACGAACCAAGAAUCGACCACAGAGCCACAAGCUACUGUAGGAGAUGAGCAAGAGAAACAGGGUAGUGAAGCUGUAGUUGUCGUUAAGGCGGAAUCAGACGUGAGACCAGAGGCACUACAAACGAAUCAAACCGAGCUCUCUCCCAGCCCUGCUGAAGGCAACGAAGUAGAAAGUAAUGAGACUGCGUCACCACUACCUGAGAAUACGGAACAGCUGUCGGAAGGUGAAAACUCCUGCAACAAGGAACAAGAAGAGUCUACUAUUAAAUUAGAGGAAUCUGUUAAGCUCCCAAUAGAAGUUCACCAGGAAAAGCUAAUAGUCUCCGAAAUAGAGCAAGAAAAACAACAAAAUGAAACGAAACAAGAAUCGACCACAGAGCCACAACCUACUGUAGGAGAUGAGCAAAAGAAACAGGGUAGUGAAGCCCUAGUUGUCGUUAAGGCGGAAUCAGACGAGAGACCAGAGGCACUACCAACGAAUCAAACCGAGCUCUCUCCCAGCCCUGCUAAAGUCAACGAAGUAGAUAGUAAUGAGACUGCGCUACCACUACCUGAGAAUACAGAACAGCUGCCAGAAGGUGAAAGCUCCUGCAGUAAGGAACAAGAAGGUUCUGCUAUUGAAUUAGAGGAAUCCGUUCCGCUCACAGCUCAAGUUCACCAGGAAAAUCUACUAGUGUCCAAAAUAGAGCAAGAAAAAGAAAUCAUUGAAACGAAACAAGAAUCGACCACUGAAUCGCAUGCUAAUAUAGAAAAUGGGCAACAAGAACAUGAUGGUGACACAUCUGCCGAAGUUGUCUCUAGAGCGGAAUCUGUGUCACCAGUGUCGGAGAACACAGAGCAGCUUGUUGAAAACGAAAACUCUUGCAGCAUGACACAAGAAGGAUCUGUCACUGGAUCAGGAGAAACAGUUCAGAUAGAAACACCAGGUCACCAGGCAAAUAAUUUAGUCUGCGAAAUAGAUCAUAGUACUGUUGGAAAUGAGCAUCAGCAACCGGCUUGUGAAUUAGAAGCUGUUAUAAAAACAGAAUCACAACUGACUAAGGACACAAUACAGACGAUUGAAAAACAGCAAUGGUCACUUCCUGCUGAGGACAAGGAUAUAGAAAAUAUUAAGACUUAUCCGCCAGUUUCUGAGAACUCAGCUCACUUGUCCGAAGGUGAAAACUCAUGCAGCAGUACAGCAGCAGGAUUUAUCAUUAAACCAGAAGAAACAGUUCAGCUCGAAACACACGUACAGCCCAAACCACGAGUUCAGGAGGCAAAUUCAAUAGUUUCCAAAAUUGAUCAAGAAAACCACCCCACUACAACGGAAGUAGCAUCGCCCGCAGAAUCCCCUAUAAGCCUUAAAAACGAAAAACAGAAUGCAGCUUGUGAACCGGAAGAAGAACCUACAAUCGAGAUAAAGUCACCCUUAGAAUUUAAUGACAUCGUCAAAAAUAAGCAACUUAGCUCUUACUCCCAAGGGAUGGUUUUACCUUCUGAAACAUGUGAAACGUUAGUUGGAAAUGUGACUUCGGGCUCUAUAGCAGAGCGUGAACACAAGAAAUGGAAUAAUGCAGUGGAAAUGCCAAAUAACCCCUACACAACAGAGGCGCUGCAGCGUCGGAUCAGUGGCAGUCAAGAGCGCAUCAUCGAUUUACCAAAUAUAAGUGGGACUACUGAAAGAAAUCCCAUAUCAAUAGCAACCAAAGAACCCGAAGCCGUUACCGGAAAUGAAAUUCGAAAUGAUAUUGACUAUAAAAGAUAUAGCCGCGAUUAUUAUAUAAACGACGACAAUGUUGCCAAAACCAGCCCGAAGCACCAAAUCGCCGCAGGUGAUGAAGGUAUCACUGAUAAGCUCGCAACAGUUGACGUCACGAAUGAGGUAAAUUACAAUGGCAAAAACACAAAUAAAGGUAUCCCGUUUAGUGAUCAUAACGAUUGCCAUUGGAUCCUUUCCACACCUGUGCGCCGUAGCAGUUCGCUAAAAAUCAUUAACCGCCGUUCACCACCAAAAUCAUAUUCCAACUUCAGAGCAAAUGCAACCCCCACUUCCCCAAAAUAUUACCAAAAACACUACCUACCACAACGCUCAUAUAGCUCAAUGUCUCAUUACGACAACUUGGACCGCAUACAUUUACAGGACAACCAACGUAAUGCCAUUGCCAGACAUUCAGACUGCUAUCGCGGCAAUAAAAAGUGUGGUGCAUGUGAGGACGGUCUUAUUGUUAACAUUGACGGCAACACCGGCAACGUCGACCUGGACAUAUACAAUGACCUCAAUGACUACAGUGACCAUAGACACUCGGAACGUGCUUGGCGAAGCGCGAGCGCCAACUCGUAUUAUCCAACGACUCUACCCGCACGCCACACGCCAUCCUCCCUGAGUUUUAACAGUAGUGCUAGCGGUACUUCGGUAAGAUCGUCAAAGUCAAAACAUUCCUCGUCGCAUAAUAUAAACACCCUCUCACAAUUUGAAAAACAAUUACUGCACAAAGAUCUGAAAAGAAACAGUUUUCGUGCCAUUUCGGCUACAUCCAAAGAGUUCGUAAUGAAUCCACUUUAUGAGCUUGAAAAUAUCAAUGGCACCAGUGAUGGCAGCGAAAAUACUAAUAGCCAAGGUAAAACCAAGCGUACGAAUAAGCACAGCAGAGACGAACAAAUUGACUCUGGAGUUGACAGUUUUCUGAAUGGUUUCAAUGAAAUCGAAGUAAAAGUCAACGACACAACCACAAAUUUACCCAUUUAGGGCCAGUUACUAUUCUUUUUUCUCUUUUUUGUGUUUAUUGAUUUAGGGCCAUAUGCCGGAUAGGACUUUUACAAGUCAAACGCAACUAGUCAGUAAUGAAACAUACAUGCAUACAAAUAUCUACAUACUCGUACAUAUUAUAUUAUAAAUUUAUAUGAAAUAUGAAUGUGUCAUAAGGGCAUUGGUAAAAUUAAAAUAUUGUAUUUACAACAACACGUCAGUACUAAUGAAUUUAUCCACGUGUAGUAAUUUUAAUAUGUGUGCAUACUUACAUACUUACACGUAUGUAUAUUUAUGGAAUUGUCCAACGAAUAAAAUCCAUUUCUUUUUUAAGUAAACAAAUAUAAUAUUUAUAUCAUACAUAUGUAACAUACAUAAAUAUGUUUGCAUAUGUACAUAUGUAUGUAUGUAUGUAUAAACCACACAAAACUAAAUACUAUAAAUGAAAGCAUAUAAAGAACGAGCUAAAUGCCCUCACACACACAUUUGCAUAAAGUUGAAGAUUAUUAUUUUCAUACUAAAAUUAAUCUCAGUGUAUUUGCGGCCGAGAUAAGCAGAUACAGAAUAUUCCUUUUAUUUAAAAUAUAUACACAAAAUUGGUAAGAAUUGCACAAAGUAGAAACCCCCAGAGGGACGAAUAGAAGCUGGUCAUACGUAUAGUUUUAAUUAUCUUUGGAAAAUGAAUUUAUUAUUAGCAACACAUACAUACAUAUUUAUACUAAGCAACUCCGAAAUAAUGUUUUGCUCUAUGAUAACAGUUAUUCUCAACACUUGUUUCAGUUGAGUUUGGUAGAAAAUUUAGUUUUAUUAUGUAUUUAAUCGCAUUGAAUUACGUUUGCUUUUAAAAUUAUUUUGCUAAUAAAUUUGUUGUAUAAAAAUAUUGCUAUCAAUAUAUUUACAUAUAAAUAUACACGUACAUACAUAAAUAGAACAUAUAUAGUAUACGGUAAAGUACCCAGUUGCCCCUAAACCCAAAAAAUCCAGUGUUUCAAGCAUUUGGCCGAUUGCGCUCCUAUUUGCUAGUGUAAUAAUAUAUCUUUUUGAUAUUUAAGAUUUUCAAUGUUGACUCACAUUAAAAGUUACGGUGCGAUUAUUAGUCGUUAUUAAUUUGGAGGAAAAAAGUAAAAAAGGGAGAAAUGUAGGCGUGUUGGUGUGUCUUAAUAUUUAAUAUCCCUGUCUAAAACAUUCCUUUGAAAAUUAACCAAAAACAACGCUCUGCUGUGAGUUUUGAACUAACGUUAAAUAUCUGCAUCAACUACAAUUAAUAGUUACCCAUUAAGCGCAGAGUAAAUGAAGUAUGUCCUUUCUACAUACAUGCAUAUAGUAAAUUGUUAAUUCCAUUUCUGUCAAAUCAAACAUUUUUUGCCAGACAUUUAAGAAAAUUAAUCACUUUACAACUGCACAAUGGGUUAAAAUUCUUAAAACCUACUACAGAAUUGGCGAGUCUACGUUUCGGACUUUAGAGCAUAUUACGGUCUAACUACUCCAGUAAAUGUAAAAUUUUAAGAGACUGAGUCGGUUUCAGACAUUGUAAGGCCUUCGCAUCAUCGUUUAGUUCGUUUCAUCUCAAGUAUCGCUACGGCAAAUGAAAGUUUAGCCGAAAGGGCGAGUGUGUCUAUUUCGCAUUUAGGCGUAUUUUGCACUUGGACAUACACCUACAUCGAUAUGAAGUCCAGCUCACAUAAGAACUGAAGCCGGCCGUUCAGAAGUUUUGAACAACAAACAGUGGAAAACGAAUUUUCAAAAAAAAAAUUUAAGCGACAAGACACAUUUCUCACUCGGUGGAUACGUAUAUAAGCAAAAUUGGCACACUUGGGGCUCCGAAAAUUCUCAAAUAAUUAAAGGCGGCCUUUACACAAAAAAAAAACAAAAAAAAAUUACUCUCCGGUAUGCUCUAUGAUCCGGAAGUAUGAUUGGACCUUCUUUGAAAACGAUGACGACGUCCACAACUGACGUCGCGAGGCAGUCAUUGUAAUGAUGUAGUGUUUAACAUAUAAUACAGGGGUUCAAUAUUUAUAAUCGAAAAGGAAUUCCAGGAAGAAAUAUUUUAAAUUCAUUUUAUUUACGUUUAUUUUCACAACCGCAAAAUGGAUAGCCUUGUAUUUACGAGGCUUACCCAGAAAGCAUUUGUAUUGAGACUCUCAUGGUUGGGAGGAUUUUAUUCUCGACAUGUUGGCAACACAGUAGUGUUGCCAGACUUUUCCCCUUUGUAACGAGAGCGGUUCAAGGCCAAUAUGUUGAGAAUUGUCUACGCAGUUUACCGCCAAGUGCAAAAUAGGAGGCAUCUGCCAGUAUCCCGUUUGGAAAGGAGAAACCUCUGCUUGAGAUUUAUAAUGAAGUGAAAACGGCAUAUGGUGAAGAAGCUAUGAAUCGGAUGAGUGGUAUCGCGAGUUUUAAAACGGUCCUACGCCUUUGCAUGGGAAGCACACGUACGGAAGACGUUCAAUUGUGACUGACAAAAUGUCUGAAUAAAUCGAAAAUGCGCUCCGUGAAGAUCAUAGAUGGACUCUUGAUGAACUCCCUGAAGCUGCACAUGAGUGAAAAAGGAUUUUCAAUCGAGGUGGAGAAGUGGACGAAGGAAUGGCUACCAUGUCGAAAAAUAGUUUACACUGUGGCCUUAAGUAUUACUUAAUAUUUUUGUUUAGGCAAAUAAUUUUAAAACCCACAAAAAUUCAGCACACUUAAUUCCGCAUAUGUAUGAUACCAAACUAUGUAGGCCUCCAUGCUACUAUUAUUAGUUCUGCCACAACAUAGAAAUCCAAAAAAAACUGUAACUAAUCACAGAAACAAAUGUUUUUAAUGAAAUGAGUAAGAAAAAACCGCAAAUUUUAAAAAAUGACAGCCGGGUAAGUAUUUAAUUGGACUGAUGUGUAUUGUAUCACAUAAUAUAUGUACAUAUGUAUAUUUGAAUUUCCGGGCUCGUACAUAAUUAUUUUUCAGCUCCAUGAAUAAUACACACAUUAUUAUUAAGUAUACAUGUAGUAUAUUUAUUUAUAUAUGGCAGAGUCUGCCAUUCUACUAACAACAUUUGUUUCGCAAAAUUCACGCCAUUCCAUACACAAGCUUUCAUAUUAUAACGGAUUAAUGCAGUUUACGAGGUAUUGAAGCCCCAUUCUGAUAUUAAAAUUCUACUUCUGUGAAGGGUUUUCUUAAAACGCACGUACAUACAUACUUCUGUACUAACAAACUAAAUCUAACGGAAAAUUUUGUUUUUAAUAUUUUCAUCAUUUAUUUUCACUUGCUUUUGUCUAAAGUCAGCUUUAUGAAACUUCUUUAUGCCUCACCUUCCUCCUGCCUAGAAAGAAUAGCUAUAGGAUAGUAGCUUUUCUCGCCCACUAUGUAGGUUCUUUAAGUUCACAAUUCUUUAAAAUUCUCAUUAACCGUCUAUUCAUUUUGGUUUUCUGGCACACUUUAUUAUUAUAAGCACUCAAGAAUGGAUGAACAUUAAAUUGCUGAAAAUUUUCAUUCAGACACUUUUGGCCGAAGACUCCAAAAUAAAGUAUCAUUCCUUUUCAAAAGACCUACAAAUAAUUGAUUCUAGCAUUUCCUCUUAUCACAGUGUAAAAAAGAAAUAUAUACAUGUAUGUAUCUACCAUCAACAUUGCGUGGAAUAUUUUGUAAAACAAAAGAAU